AAAAGUCAUCAUUACAUAAACAUACCUAUACUACAGAAACUAUAAUGAAAAAUGGGAAAUAUAUUUUGACUAUCGCAUUUUAUUCUCGCACUCUUUUACCAGUGAUUUUCGGCAUAACAACAUUAUUGCCCACCGUUCAAAAUUUAUUUUGACUAACAAAAUACGAUUACGAAAUUUCGCUGACAUUGAGUUUUGAGACGAGAGUCAUUUAAUUUGAAGUGGAAAAAUGUCUGCAAAUCGAAUUCAGGCAUGGGGCGAUGGUGUAUCUCACGGAUUUGCUGGUCAGCCAUCCACUUUCAUGUUGAAUCCGAGCGGAUUAAGUCUAUCAGGAAUUACAUUUGAGAUUAUAGGACCGACUCGUCCAGAGUUUUUUGUUGAUUAUCUAUCGGGUGGACUGAUUGCAGUCAGUUAUGUGCCAACAUUUCCAGGUUUGUACAAAAUUCACAUUCGAUUCUUUGGCCGAGACGCACCAGGAUCUCCAUUUCCGGUCGAAGUUCUCGGUGAUGCGCAGUCGAAACAGGAUAUGGUGCGUGACGUAAUACAAAAUGUUAAAAUUUCCGGAUCGGCUGCGACUACUGGUAAACCUUUAAUUACCAAUCAAUUUUUGCUCGAUCCACGAAAUGCCAUCGUCGCUGGCAAUUUAAGUGCUCAUAUGCGAGGGCCUGGUCACAUCGAGGUCGAUUUUAAAGAGAAUUUGGACGGAACCAUCCAUGUGCAAUAUAAGCCGGAAAACAGUGGUGUGUACAAAUUGAAUCUUAAGUUUGGUGAUGUGCCAGUUCAAGGCAGUCCGUUCACCAUUAAUGUGGUUUAAGCCGUCCCGGCCUUUCAACAACGUGUUGUAUUAAUUUGAAUGGAAAAUAAAAUAUUUUUGUGAUUUCUGUGAAUG